AUGCCGGGCGUGAUCGCCGAACCUCAAUCUGGUGCGAAGGCUCGCAAGCCAACGAAGAAUGAGCAGCGUCGCGCAAAGAAGAAGCAACAGAAGCAAGAGGUCUCCGCAGUACCACCGCAGCCAGAUGUCGCCGAGAAGCCGGAAGAGCCUGCACAAGCAGCAGCGCCCACGACCGAUGCGGCAGACGAUGAAACCACGAUAAUCGAGAUCGACGACGACCUGCCCAAAGAUGAUGCGCUUUUCUCACAGUACGCCGGUGUGCUAGCAAGGUUCCAGAAGACCGACGAGGACGCCAAAGAGAACGAGCCAGAAGCGAAGCCGGAGGUAUACUAUGAUGAUGACGACAAUGUUCAGUCAGAGGACGAGGAGGAGGCUACAAGAAAGCGCUUGUCGAAGAAGCAGCGAAAGGCUGCCAACAAGCUCAGCAUUGCAGAGCUGAAGGCCAUUGUGCGGAAGCCGGAGAUUGUGGAGUGGACAGAUACAGACGCUGCGGACCCGAAGCUGCUGGUUAAUCUCAAGUCUGCGCGGAACGUCAUUCCAGUACCGAACCACUGGAGUCUGAAGCGUGAGUACUUGAGCAGCAAGCGUGGUAUCGAGAAGCCUGGAUUCGUGCUGCCUAAGUUCAUUGCGGAGACUGGCAUUCAGGACAUGCGCGAUGCUGCGCACGCAAAGGAGGCGGAGGCCACAUUGAAGCAAAAGCAGCGUGAGCGCGUCAGUGGAAAGACUGGCAAGCUCGACAUUGAUUACCAAAAACUUUACGAGGCGUUCUUUCGCAGGCAGACUAAACCAACGAUGACCAAGUAUGGUGAAGUCUACUACGAGGGUAAGGAGUUCGAAACGAAUUUGCGCCACCUCCGUCCGGGCCAGCUAAGUGAGGAGCUCAUGGAGGCGCUCAACAUGGGACCUGGUGCACCACCGCCGUGGCUUGUUGCGCAACAAAAGGUCGGACCGCCACCAUCAUAUCCGGCUCUCAAGAUUCCUGGACUGAACGCACCACCUCCAGUCGGAUCAUCAUGGGGAUACGCACCAGGCCAGUGGGGUAAGCCACCGUUGGACGCAGAAGGCCGGCCUGAGUGGGGUGGUGAUGUCUUUGGCUUGACGGAGUAUCAAGAGGACGCUGCGAAGGACGAGGCUGCCAAGGUAGAGCCGGUCGACAAGUCGCUAUGGGGAGAGCUUCAACCUCCCGAAGACGAUGAGGAGGAAGAAGAGGAGGAGGAAGAAGAGGAUGAAGACGAGGAGGAAGACGAUAGUGGCAGGAGGACGGGUAUUGACGGGCAUUACAGCGGUACCGACACUCCUGGCGGAUUCCAAAGCACAGUACCGACCGACUUCAUGGGCAUGCGCGGCAUGUCAGAUGACAUGAAUCUACGAAAAGAGCGCGUUGGUACCGAGACGGAGGCCAGCAAUCACCCACGAUCAGCAGGACAAGUUCUGAACGAGCGAUCGAUCCGAGCCGAGGGUUUCUUUGGUGGCGAGCGCGCUUACGAUCUGAAUGGAGGACGUCCUGUGCUUGGGUCAGAGCGAGAUGACAGAGGGAAGAAGCGGAAGGUUGGUGAUCUGGAUGUGUCAAUGGAUCCGGAUGCUCUGGCGAGAGAUGAUAAGAUGUCGAAGGAGGAGCUCAAGAGGCGGUUUGAGGCGGAGAGUGCGCAGCAAAAUCGGGGUGGAUGGAAGGGUGCGGAGGAUUUGAGUGGACUGGUGGCGGAGGAGACUGCGAAGCGUCAAAAGCGCGAUCGCGAGCGGGAGCAGAAAAGCGGUAGGGGAGGUGGACGGAGAUGA